AUGGGAGAUAACGAAAAUAAGGAGAAGAGGACCCCCGCUUCGACCCCAAACGAAGAAGAUGGAGACAAAACGAACAAACAGUGUGAAAAUGCCCCAAAUGGGGAAAAUUCUGGAGACGCCAAAAAUUUGAGUAACUCCAACAGCUCGCGAAAGAGGAAAGCGAAAAAAAAUAAGCACGGGGCAAGCGACUCAAGCGGGAAGAUGAAGGAACAGAAGGAAGCGAAAGCAAACAUCGAGGACAUCUUCAGUAACCUGAAGGCCAAGGAGAAGAAAGCUACAAAAGCCAGCAGCGAGACGAGGCCUAUUAAAAAAAACUCGGAAAAAAGCGGCCUCAACGGCGGUCCGGUGAAGAAGAAGGCAAAACGGUGUGUCUCCAAGGGGCCGAUCACCGAGCGCGCGCGCACGCCGGAUGGGUUGCCCAUUUAUUCUAUGGAGGAGCUCAAGAUGGGCCAAGGAGGAUACACGAAAGACUGCCCAUUCGAAUGCAACUGCUGCUUUUAG